AGUGUGUUGUUGGCGGUGUAGGGUUUAGUAGCCACCACCGUUUAACUAUUACUUCUCUUUUCAGAAGCCGAAACGAAACCCUCUGCCUCUGCUUCUCUCUUCUUCUCUUCGCCGCGUUUCCACCACUCCUUCACGCCAUGUCGGAAGCUUCGUUGAUCCAAACGGAACUUCCGAAUCCACCGGAUCCUCCAUCCACCGCCACUCCCUUGUCCAGAAAAAUCGUCUUCAUUCCCGUCAAGAAGCCCUUCAAGGGAUUCUCCAAUGACUUCAACAUCGAAACCCUAAACCCCUCCUCCUCCGACCCUGCUUCCUCCGCCUCCGCCGCGACUAAGAAACACGACGCAUCCGAAUUCUCCGAGUACGGCUUGGAUCCGGAGCUCAGCUUCGGAAUUACCUUCCGGAGAAUAGGAGCUGGGUUGCGGAAUCUGGGAAACACGUGUUUUCUCAAUUCAGUGAUUCAGUGUUUGACGUAUACAGAGCCACUAGCUGCGUAUCUGCAAAGUGGGAAGCAUAAAACGUCAUGCCACGUUGCUGGAUUUUGUGCUCUCUGUGCUAUACAGAAUCAUGUUAGUCGUGCACUGCAAUCAACUGGGAGAAUAUUAUCCCCAGAGGAUCUGGUUGGGAAUCUACGUUGCAUAUCACGAAAUUUCCGAAAUGCAAGGCAAGAGGAUGCACAUGAGUAUAUGGUGAACUUACUUGAGUGUAUGCAUAAAUGUUGCCUGCCUUCUGGCAUACCAAGUGAAUCACCUGGUGCUUAUGAGAAAAGUUUUGUUCAUAAAAUCUUUGGUGGUCGUCUCAGGAGUCAGGUUAAAUGUCAGCAGUGUUCUUAUUGCUCCAACAAAUUUGAUCCUUUCUUAGAUUUAAGUCUUGAAAUAUUCAAGGCAGAUUCGUUGCAAAAAGCACUUGCAAAUUUCACGGCUGCAGAAUGGUUGGAUGGAGGGGAGAGGGAGUACCAUUGUCAACGAUGCAAACAGAAAGUUAGGGCUCUCAAACAGCUAACAAUUCAUAAGGCACCUUAUGUGCUAACAAUUCAUUUAAAGCGGUUCUAUGCACAUGACCCUGGACAAAAAAUUAAAAAGAAGGUUCAAUUUGGCUAUGCACUGGACUUGAAACCUUUUGUCAGUGGCUCAUAUGAGGGUGAUUUGAAGUACUCUCUAUAUGGGGUUCUGGUUCAUUCUGGUUCUAGCACUCAUUCUGGCCACUAUUACUGCUAUGUUCGCACUUCAAAUAACAUGUGGUAUACCUUGGACGACAACCGGGUAAGUCAUGUCAGUGAGCGCGAAGUUUUAAAUCAGCAGGCAUACAUGUUGUUUUAUGUUCGUGAUAGAAAAAGUAUUGUUCCAAAGAAGCCUGUUGACCUUGCUAAGAAAGAGAAUAUGAAGACUAAUGUGAAUGGAAAUAGAGAAUCUUCAACUUCAAACCAUGUUUUGAAGGUUUAUCCAAAUGGCAUAGCAGAAAAUAAAUUAUGUAGCGAACCUUUGACUGCUGAAGCUGAGAAGAAAAUGUCACAUGUUGAUUCAUCAAGGGAUUCUUUUAUGAAGGAUGCUCUGGUUCCACAAAAACAGGGUGUCACAUUAGCAGAAAACUUGAUGCAAAGUAAAAAACAUGGAUCCGAACUUUCUUCCAAGACACAGAUACAGGCAUACAAUGACUCACCUGGUGGACUCUCUCUAGCUAAAUCAGAACAUGAAUGCUUGUCAUCAUUAGAUCACUCUAGAAAAGAUCAUAGUCUCCCUAGUAAUAAUCUGAAAUGUUUAACUGCACCACUUGGAGAAAAAGUUAAUUUGUGUAACAGGAAUGUAAUUUCAAAAGAGGGCAUUAAAGGUUCUCCUUCAAUAGUUCCUUCAUCAGCUAAUCCCCAGACUUGUGAACUUCCUACAGAUGGAAAAUCUGAGUCUCUGCAGAGAACUGUUGUCGAGAAAGUCGAUGUUGCUGCACCUCAUGUUUCAAGCACAAAUAUGGCCAAUGGCAUUUGCUCUGUAACUUCACCAAUUCAUCCGAAAGUUAACCCUCAGCAUGGAACUUUUGCAACCAGUUCGGUUUGUGAGAAAACUGGUAGUGUGGUGCAUGAAGAAUUGGUUGGCUCUCAGGGACCGGUUCCUAACGUGUCAAUAAAUAGACCUUUGAGCAGAGAGAGGAUUAAUCAAAAACAUGUGAAGAAACCAAAGAAGAAGUUCCUUAAGUAUCAAGUAGCCAGCAUGCAUCUUCGCCCAAUCUUCCGUUACAUGGUUUAUGUUGGCCCACAGAAGAAGGGUAAAAAAAGUAAACGCCACACUUUGGGUUUGAAGAAUUCAGACAAACGAAAGCUGGAUAAACUUACUUUUUCAUCAGACAAUGCCAAACUAUCUACGCUUGGAAAAACUGAUGUAGUUGCUUGUGUACUGAGUUGUUCUGAAAGUAAAGUAACUAAGGCUGGUUAUAGACCUGAUAGUGCUGAAGGAGAAUUUAGGAAGAGAAUUGAUCAUAAAUGUGCUGUGCUUGCAUCAGCAACGCAAGUAGAAAAUAUAUCUGGGGCUUCAAUAGCAAGCCAAUUUGAAACUAGACAAGCUAAUAGUGUGCAGGAUAGUAGAAGAAAUCAAAUGCAUAAUGGGUUAAUGAGUAUGCUGACUCGAGGUCUGGAGGAGACUGUUGUUGCGCGAUGGGAUGAUAUUGAAUUAUCAUCGUCUCAGCCUUUGGAAUCAAAGAGGGGCAAGGUUGUCAGCAUUGGAUAUGUAGGGGAUGAAUGGGAUGAAGAAUAUGAUAAAGGAAAGAGGAAGAAGCUAAGGGGCUUCAAGCAUAGUUUUGGUGGGCCAAAUCUUUUCCAAGAAAUUGCUAUCGAGAAAUCUAAGUUGAAAAGGGCAAAGUUAGAUCAUUCUUGCUCAGGGAACCCGCCAUUUAGGAUAUGACGACCAAAACUAUUUUUGCCUUCUAUCGAUUGUGGGUUUCUUUUGCAGCAAUUUUGUCAAACGGUGAAAGUGUAGUGAAGAGAGCACCUACCUUAUUCUUUUCUCCAGUACAAAAUUUUGUUUGCUGGAUAUUGUCUUUGGGGCAGAGAGCCGCCGAGGGUUGGGUUUUUGUGCACACCUUUGUUCGUGUAGGACAUUUCUCAUUUUCAGAUUAUUAGUGCUUGUAUGAGAAGUGAAAUGAAAUCUACUGUAUUUCUGUUGUAGCUGCAUGCCGUAGCUCAGAAAUUUUGUUCAUGAAUUUAAAUCUGUCGAGACAUUUUGUAUUUCAAUUCCAUGUUGCCUAGUGUGUAUGAGUACUGUACUUGUAUUCAGCUUUUGCUUUGAGUUUGGAUUAGGUACUAUAAUUGUAUGUACAAUUAAUUUCUAGGAAAAGUUGUAAGAUAAUUUAUUAUCAAGUGCUUACAAGUUAGCUA